GCGUUUCCAUGGCGACGGCGGACGCGGCGGGGCGGGCCGCGAGUACCUACCCACUAGAGACCCGUCGUCGGCGGCUGGCAUCGAAGCUGGGGCGAGGCCAUGUCGGACCUGGGCUCAGAGGAGUUAGAGGAGGAGGGAGAGAAUGAUCUUGGGGAAUACGAAGGGGAUCGGAACGAGGCAGGUGAAAGGCAUGGCCAUGGGAAAGCGAGACUGCCCAAUGGGGACACAUACGAGGGGGACUAUGAACACGGUAAAAGACAUGGCCAGGGGAUCUACAAAUUUAAAAAUGGUGCUCGAUACAUUGGAGAAUAUGUUAAAAACAAAAAGCACGGUCAAGGCACUUUUAUAUACCCAGAUGGAUCAAGAUAUGAAGGGGAGUGGGCGAAUGACCUAAGGCACGGCCACGGCGUGUACUACUACGUCAACAAUGACACCUACACCGGAGAGUGGCUUGCUCACCAAAGGCACGGCCAAGGCACUUAUGUCUACGCGGAGACCGGCAGCAAGUACGUGGGGACCUGGGUGAACGGACAGCAGGAGGGCGCAGCCCAGCUCAUCCACCUGAACCAUAGGUACCAGGGCAAGUUCGUGAACAAACACCCUUUCGGCCCCGGAAAGUACGUGUUUGAUAUUGGAUGUGAGCAGCAUGGGGAGUAUCGUCUUACUGAUGCGGAAAGAGGAGAAGAGGAAGAGGAGGAGGAGACAUUAGUAACCGUCAUUCCAAAAUGGAGAGCUACCAAAAUCACCGAAUUGGCCUUGUGGACACCGACCCUCCCUGAGGAGCUGCCGCCCACGGAUGGACCAGGCCCUGAAGAGGCCCCGGCCAUGGAGGGUGGGGGAGAGUCUGUGGAGGAGGUCCAGCCUAUGACGGAUGUGUCAGAGGGGGAGAUGGAUUUCCUGAGGCCUGGAGAGGAAGACGGAGAUGUGUUCGGGCAGGAGAGCCGUGAGAACGUUCCAGAGGAAUUGCAGUAUGACACCAUAGACCAGGAACAUAUUAAUUUUGAAGAAGAUGAAGCUAGACAAUUCGAUUCUCUAGAGUGAGUCGGGGCCCAGAGAACGGGACCGUGUCAUCCAGACGCCUUCUCCUCCUACAGUUUCACUGAUCAGCCACUAACCUUUCUUAUUUCGCAGUUUGUUAAAAUGGUUUACAGUUGCAAAUAAAUGUUUUGCUAUCUUUUGUUUA